GUGACUUUCAUCAAUCGAUGACUAUUCUCAACCAACCACAAAGACAUUGGCACUCUUUACCUAAUUUUCGGCACAUGAGCAGGCAUAAUCGGCACAGCACUAAGCCUGCUAAUCCGUGCAGAACUGGGACAACCUGGAACACUCCUAGGAGACGACCAAAUCUAUAACGUAAUCGUAACAGCCCAUGCCUUCGUCAUAAUCUUCUUUAUAGUCAUACCCAUCAUGAUCGGGGGCUUCGGGAACUGAUUAGUCCCCCUUAUAAUUGGUGCCCCAGACAUAGCAUUCCCGCGCAUAAAUAACAUAAGCUUCUGACUCCUUCCACCCUCUUUCCUCCUCCUACUAGCCUCAUCCACUGUAGAGGCUGGAGCUGGAACUGGAUGAACUGUCUAUCCCCCUUUAGCUGGCAACCUUGCCCACGCUGGUGCAUCAGUGGACCUAGCUAUCUUUUCCCUUCACCUAGCUGGCGUAUCAUCCAUCUUAGGGGCUAUUAACUUCAUCACUACCAUCAUUAAUAUAAAACCCCCUACACUUUCACAAUACCAGACACCCUUAUUCGUAUGAUCUGUCCUCAUCACUGCCAUCCUUUUACUACUCUCCCUACCUGUCCUAGCUGCUGGAAUUACAAUAUUACUCACUGAUCGAAACCUCAAUACUACCUUCUUUGACCCUGCAGGGGGAGGAGACCCAGUCCUAUAUCAACAUUUAUUUUGAUUCUUCGGACACCCAGAAGUCUACAUCCUCAUCCUCCCAGGCUUUGGAAUAAUCUCCCACGUAGUGGCAUACUAUGCAGGAAAAAAAGAGCCUUUUGGGUAUAUAGGAAUAGUAUGAGCAAUACUAUCUAUUGGAUUUCUAGGCUUCAUUGUCUGAGCCCAUCACAUAUUUACAGUGGGAAUAGAUGUAGAUACCCGAGCCUACUUCACAUCAGCCACCAUAAUUAUUGCCAUCCCAACUGGCAUUAAAGUCUUUAGCUGACUUGCCACACUACACGGCGGAACAAUUAAAUGAGACCCACCUAUACUCUGAGCCCUUGGAUUCAUCUUCCUAUUUACCAUUGGAGGCUUAACAGGAAUUGUCCUCGCUAACUCCUCACUGGAUAUUGCCCUUCAUGACACCUACUACGUAGUUGCUCACUUCCACUACGUCCUCUCGAUAGGAGCAGUCUUUGCUAUCCUAGCAGGAUUCACCCACUGAUUCCCUCUAUUCACAGGUUUCACCCUUCACCCUACAUGAACUAAAGCACACUUUGGAGUAAUAUUUGCAGGAGUUAAUCUAACUUUCUUCCCGCAACACUUCCUAGGCCUAGCCGGCAUACCCCGACGAUACUCGGAUUACCCAGAUGCUUAUACCCUAUGAAACACACUCUCCUCAAUCGGCUCACUGAUCUCAAUAACAGCUGUGAUUAUACUAAUAUUCAUCGUCUGAGAAGCCUUCUCAGCAAAACGUAAAGUUCUUCAACCUGAACUUACCUCAACCAACAUCGAAUGAAUCCAUGGAUGUCCACCCCCAUAUCACACCUUCGAAGAACCAGCCUUCGUCCAAGUACAAGAAAGG